UUACAUUCCCCCCAUCAUGUUUUCAAGAACCAGUUUCUUGGUUCUCUUCAUCUUCUUCUCGCUCGUCACUAUUACUCCCACAAAUGCAAUCCGAUCGUUCCCAGAAAGAUUAGGGUUUUCGUUCUUGCACCAAUUCUCUGAGGCCCCUGAAUACACAAACGGAUACAGCUGCCCUGUUUUGGUUGUCGACAGUUUUCCAAUGGCGUGUGAUCCCUCUCUUGUUCAUAUCGCAAUGACUAUUGAUUCCGAGUACUUGAGAGGCACCAUAGCUGCAGUUCACUCUGUUCUCAAACACGCUUCUUGCCCUGAAAACAUCUUCUUCCACUUCAUCGCUUCAGAUUCUAGUCCGGUCAGUUCUGAUGAUCUUACUCGAGUUGUCCGCUCCACUUUUCCGUCGCUCAAUUUCAGAGUUUAUCAGUUCAAGGAGAGCCUAGUCAGUCAUCUGAUCUCAUCUUCCAUUCGUCAAGCUCUUGAUAACCCCUUGAACUACGCAAGAAGCUACUUAGCGGAUUUGCUAGACUCAUGUGUGGAGCGUGUGAUCUAUUUAGAUUCGGAUGUUAUAGUCGUUGAUGAUAUAGAGAAGCUGUGGAGGACAAGUUUGUCAGGGUCCAGAGUUAUUGGUGCGCCGGAGUAUUGUCACGCAAAUUUCACCAAGUACUUUUCCGGUGGAUUUUGGGCGGAUACUGAAAUGUCCAAGGUCUUUGAAGGGAAGAGUGCUUGUUAUUUCAAUACAGGUGUGAUGGUGAUGGACUUGGUGAGGUGGAGAGCGGGUGAUUAUACGCGAAAGAUUGAGAGGUGGAUGGAAAUUCAGAAGGAGAAGAGGAUUUACGAGCUGGGUUCUCUACCGCCUUUUUUGUUGGUUUUCGGUGGAGAUGUUGAGGCUAUUCACCACAGAUGGAACCAACAUGGGCUUGGUGGUGAUAAUGUGGUGAAUAGUUGCAGGUCUUUGCAUCCAGGUCCUGUGAGCUUGUUGCAUUGGAGUGGGAAAGGGAAGCCAUGGUCAAGGCUUGAUAUGGGGAAGCCUUGCCUGGUUGAUUUUCUUUGGGUGCCGUAUGAUCUCUACAGACACCAUGAUCAUCAUCAUCUUCACCACCACCAUCAUGAACAGCUAUUGGCAGUUUUGUAAAAAAUGAUUCUUUUGUUAUUGAUUUUGAUUCAAUUCAUUGAUAGCUAGGAUAUGUAUAUAGGGAAGAGACUGAACAUGUAAACAGGGAGAAACCGUGGAACACAUUGUUCCGUUUAGCCAAAGUAACAUAUUUUUUGACAUCUUAUGGUUUUCAUGGUUUUAUUUGGG